AUGGCGGGUCGUGGAAAAACUCUCGGAUCUGGGGUUGCUAAGAAAGCAACGUCUCGGAGCAGCAAGGCGGGUCUCCAGUUCCCCGUGGGUCGUAUCGCCCGGUUCCUGAAGAACGGCAAAUACGCCGAACGUGUUGGUGCCGGAGCUCCGGUUUACUUAGCCGCCGUACUCGAAUACCUCGCCGCAGAGGUUCUGGAAUUGGCUGGAAACGCGGCGAGGGACAACAAGAAGACAAGAAUCGUGCCGCGUCACAUUCAAUUGGCGGUGAGGAACGACGAGGAGCUGAGUAAGUUGCUUGGAGAUGUUACGAUUGCUAAUGGAGGUGUGAUGCCGAACAUUCACAAUCUUCUUCUUCCUAAGAAGGCUGGUGGUGCUUCAAAGCCUUCCGGUGAUGAUGAAUAGAUCUCAGUUUUCAGUUCUGUAAUGUUUAGAUUUAGAUUAGUCUCUUUGGUUUUCUUCCUCUUGUUGUAGAUUUAGUCACUCUUGUUUGGAACUCUUAACCUUUGUUUUCGCACAAACGUUUGCUGUGUGUUUCAAUUGUAGUGUUAAAUUUAUCGUUACUUGUCUUGGUGAUUUUAAUUUGGUUCAAGAAUGGAAGAACUUAGACGUUACUUGUCUGAAUCAAAC